GACCCCCCAAGGGGUCCCACCCCCCGGGAAUCCUGGCGGGGCCUGGGAAUGCGGCCGAGUCUGUCGUGGACCCCGACAUGGAGGCCCUGUUCGAGGACUUCCUGGGGAGAGUGACGAUUGCCUCGGCGUCCUCGCGCCCCCCGGCCCAGCCGUACCACUACAUCCUGCGGGACACGGAGCAGAGGGGGCUGUGCCUGCGGGACGGGCUCCUGGUGGCCACCAGCCUGCAGGUCGCCAACGCUGCCCAGGAAGAGCCCAUCAGCGUCGUGCCCAACCGGCACCUGGAGCGCCGGCGCUGCCCCCUCAUCGUGGGCAUCCGCGGGGGCACCCGCGCCCUGUCCUGCGGCACCGGCCCCGAGCCUCGGCUGCACCUGGAGGACGUGGGGCUGCUGGAGCUGUUCUCAAAGGAGGGGGACGAGGCCACGCCCUUCACCUUCUACAAGACCUACGGGGGGUCCACGCACACCUUCGAGGCUGCAGCGUUCCCGGGGCUGUUCCUCAGCACGACCCCGGGCCCGGGGGAGGCCCUGGCCAUGGCCCCCCCACACGGGGCCACCGCAUUCUACCUGCGCCGAAAGUGACCCCGGCACCCACGGGCGGGGGG